AUGAAGUUUUCUCAUUCUCUGCAGUUUAAUGCUGUACCAGAAUGGUCUUCGAAGUAUAUUGCUUAUUCGCAUUUGAAGAAAUUAAUCUAUGCAUUGCAAAAAGAUAAACUUUAUGCCUCGACAUCACCUGUUCCUAUUGAUCAAGAGGCUCGUCCUUUACUUUCUCGUGAAUUGUCCCAUGAUGUUUAUGUAAAUCGGUUUCUUUCCGCAUUGGAAGUUGAGUUGAAGAAGAUUGAUAAAUUCUUUAAAUCCCAAGAGACUGGACUGAUAGCUAAUUAUAAUGAGUUGAAAGAUGAUUGUGAUGAGUUUGAGCAGGAUUUAUUGCACAACCGAGUAGGAUCGAUUAGUGAUGCGGUUCCUCCGCAGAUUAGAAAAAGGCCGUCUCGUAGGUUUAGUAAUAGUUCUAUGGGUCAUGAAGAUGAUGAUGAUGAGGAUGAUGAUGAGGAAGAAGAUGAUAUUCGUAGGAGAUCUACAUCCAGAUCGGUUUCGUCUGCUCCGGAUGAUGUAGAUCUGGAGAUUUAUCAUGCAAGGUCUAGAACUACUAACAAUUCGCAUUUUCUUUCGCCUACAUUGGAGAGGAAAAUUACUUUGAAGAAGAGACUAGUGGCUAUAUACACACAAUUGUCGGAGCUAAAGAGCUAUAUUGAGUUGAAUCGUACUGGUUUCUCUAAGAUUUGUAAGAAAUUUGACAAAUCGCUCAAUACAGAUAUCAAGAGCGAAUAUUUGAAAUUUAUUGAAGAGAAUUCUCAUGUUUUCCAGCCAACUACGAUCCAGCAUAUUCAGGCAUGUAUUACAACGACAACCAUAACUUAUGCCCGACUUUCCCAGGAGUCUUUCCCUUUCCCGCUUGCACACGAUCAGGAAGCUCUCCUCGACGUUGAAAUCGCUGAAAGAGAACUAUCCUCGCACUUGAGAGAUCAUGUUGUGUGGGAAAGAAAUACUGUUUGGAAGGAUAUGAUCAAUCUUGAGAGAAAAGCUCAAAACGUCAAGGCUGAAAGUCAAAACCUUUCUAAGAUCUCUAAGCAAUACCAGGUCAAAGAGAUCGACCAAAACGGUAAAGUGACUUUAAAAUCCGAACGAUCUGCCAAGUUGGCACCACGAACACUCAAGGAUCUUAUUCAGUCGUAUCCAUGGCAAUUAGUCAAAUUGGUAAUCGGUUCAAAUUGGUGUCUCAAGAUCUGUGCCAUUGUAGCGGUUUUCAUGACCCUCUUAUCCUUCUCACCAUUCGAUGAUGUCUUACAGAAAAAUUGUUUUGCCAUCCUGGUAUUUGCAUCUUUAUUAUGGGCCACCGAAGCAAUCCCAUUAUUCGUCACUUCUUUAUUGAUUCCAUUAUUGAUCGUGGUCUUGCCCGUUCUCAGAGACGGUGAUGGCGGCGUUAUGGAACCCGUUAAGUCCUCACAAUUUAUUUUAUCCACAAUGUGGUCUAGUGUCAUCAUGCUAUUACUCGGUGGGUUCACUCUUGCUGCUGCGUUAUCCAAGUAUAAUGUGGCCAAAGUACUUUCAACUUAUAUUCUCUCCUCGGCCGGAACCAACCCAAAGAUCAUCCUCUUGACCAACAUGGGUGUAGCAUUGUUCGCUUCCAUGUGGGUUUCCAACGUUGCUGCUCCAGUGCUAUGUUACUCCAUCAUUCAACCUUUACUGCGUACUUUACCAAGACACAGCACAUACGCUAAGUCAUUGAUUCUCGGUAUUGCAUUGGCUUCCAAUAUUGGUGGUAUGGCUUCACCCAUUGCUUCUCCACAAAAUAUCUUUUCGAUUGGUUUGAUGGACCCUCAACCAUCAUGGGGAGAAUGGUUCCUGAUAGCAAUUCCAAUCUGUGUGGUAUGUGUCAUGGGCAUUUGGAUUCUAUUGAUUAUCACAUUCCCACUAGAGCCAUCACUGAAAUUACUUCAAUUACAUCCUUUAAGAGAUCCAUUUACUUUGCAGCAAUGGUUCGUUACAUUGGUCUCCAUCGGAACUAUCGUCCUCUGGUGUUUAUCUAACAGGCUCUCUGGAAUUUUUGGUGAGAUGGGUAUAAUUUCAAUCAUACCGUUGGUAACUUUCUUCGGAACUGGGUUACUAACAUCUGAGGAUUUCAACAACUUCAUGUGGACCAUCGUGAUCCUUGCCAUGGGUGGUACUACCCUAGGUAAAGCAGUUACUUCUUCAGGAUUACUUAAUACGAUGGCCUCUGUCAUCAAGGAGAAUAUUGAGGAUAAACCAGUCUUCGUAAUUGUUUUGAUCUUUGGUAUUGUCAUUUUAACGAUGGCCACGUUCGUUUCUCAUACAGUCGCUGCAAUGAUCAUCGUCCCACUCAUGAGUGAGAUCGGCGCGAACUUACCUUCUGGUGACCACUCGAGACUGCUUAUCAUGAUUGCUGCUUUGCUAUGUUCAGGUGCCAUGGGUUUGCCAACUUCCGGUUUCCCUAACGUUACUGCCAUCUCAAUGAUAGAUGAGGUGGGUGAUCGCUACUUGACCGUGGGGACUUUUAUUACUCGCGGUGUUCCUUCGAGUCUCAUUACGUAUGCCGUCAUUGUCACAAUGGGUUACGGUUUGAUGAAGACCGUCGGAUACUAA